UUUGCACCUGCAUAGAAAGCAUACUGUUCUCACUCAAGGUUAACCACAGCUUCUCAGCACACUAUCUGGGGCACAAUGUUACUUUCAGCACACACAGGCGCCCAGGCUAACAGUUACUAAUAUUAUAUCACAUGUGAUAUAGUAUUGGGUUAUAGUGCAAUAAACACAGAUUCUCACAUAUGCCAUUGCUUCUGUUCUGUGCCAAAAUGUGCAUGCUCCCAGUCCCGCGAAAAUACAACAGCCCGUGGUUAGCGGUUGCUGAAACCCCAUAUGUGGAAGCACUCGGAGCGCACGUCAUUAGUUACCACAGCUACAAAGUCAUAAACCCCGCCCAUUUCUACCAAAUCUAUUUUUCAAAUCUGACUUUAAAUUCAACCACAUGCCUAACCUAAAUCGAGAUCAAAACGUAUGUUUUCAUUAUUUAUAGUCAGUUUUGACUUUGUGGCUGAGGUAACUAGUGACAACACUCGCAGCGUCAGUCAACUAGCCGCCAUUUCGCAUUAUCCGGACAGGAGCCUGACCUAACCUUAUGCCGGGAAUCGUAGUUUUUAUUUUUUUUAAACACCCUGAAAUCAGACAAAAUCGGCAACGUGCACCUUGGUGAACUAUCGAACGAUGGCGACCGAUCAGAUGACCGAUCAUGUAAAUGGGAAUGGUACAGAGGAACCAAUAGACAUAACUGAAGUGGACACAACUACAGCUGAAGUUAUCCAUUCAGACAAUUUCCAGACUUUAUUAGAUGCUGGUUUACCACAGAAAGUUGCAGAAAAACUAGAUGCAAUUUACAUAUCAGGCCUGGUAGCGCACAGUGACCUAGAUGAAAGGGCUAUUGAAGCAUUGAAAGAAUUUAACGAAGAAGGUGCUCUACAAGUCCUGCUUGAUUUUAAGGAAAGUGAUCUGUCGCAUGUGCAAAACAAAAGUGCCUUCCUCUGUGGAGUAAUGAAGACUUAUAGACAGAGGGAGAAGCAAGGGACCAAAGUUUCAGAUCCCACGAAAGGACCAGAUGAGGCGAAAAUAAAAGCUCUGCUUGAUAGAACCAUCUAUACACUUGAUGUGACAACGGGUCAGCGGAAGUAUGGAGGCCCCCCCCCUGCGUCUGUGUAUUCAGGUGCUCAACCCACUAUUGGAACAGAGAUAUUUGUUGGGAAAAUUCCUCGAGACUUGUUUGAGGAUGAGCUGGUGCCCCUCUUUGAGAAGGCGGGACCUAUCUGGGAUCUACGUCUAAUGAUGGACCCCCUGAGUGGCUUGAACAGGGGCUACGCCUUUGUUACCUUCUGCACUAAAGAGGCUGCCUCGGAGGCUGUAAACCUGUGUAAUAAUCAUGAAAUACGCCCCGGCAAACACAUUGGAGUGUGUAUAUCUGUUGCCAAUAACCGGCUGUUCGUCGGCUCCAUCCCCAAGAGUAAAACGAAAGAACAGAUUGUGGAGGAGUUUGCUAAAGUCACAGAGGGUCUUAAUGAUGUCAUACUGUACCAUCAGCCAGAUGACAAAAAGAAGAACAGAGGUUUUUGCUUUUUGGAAUACGAGGACCAUAAAACUGCUGCUCAGGCCAGACGCAGGCUAAUGAGUGGCAAGGUGAAAGUGUGGGGGAACAUGGUUACUGUGGAAUGGGCAGACCCCAUCGAGGACCCAGAUCCAGAGGUUAUGGCCAAGGUCAAAGUUUUGUUUGUCCGAAACCUUGCGAACAGUGUUACGGAAGAAAUACUUGAAAAAUCCUUCGGCCAGUUUGGGAAACUGGAGCGAGUGAAAAAGCUGAAAGAUUACGCCUUCGUUCACUUUGAUGAGAGGGACGCUGCAGUCAAGGCGUUGGCUCAAAUGAAUGGCAAAGUUCUGGAAGGAGAGCACAUUGACAUAGUCUUUGCAAAGCCCCCCGAUCAGAAGAGGAAGGAACGCAAAGCUCAGAGACAAGCAGCCAAAACAAACAUGUAUGAUGAUGAUGAUUAUUAUUACAACUACGGCCCCCCUCAGUUGCCCCCUCCCACAAGAGGCGGCCGAGGUAGGGGAGGUUAUUCUUACCCACCCGACUAUUAUGGCUACGAUGAUUACUACGAUUAUUAUGGUUAUGAUUACCCCAACUACCGCGGGGGAUACGACUACGACUACUACGGCUAUGAUGACUUUCAGGCUCCCGCUAGAGGAAGAGGGGGCAGAGGUGCACGGGGGGCAUCCCCAGCCAGAGGCAGGCCAGGCGCUCCCAGGGGCAGAGGUGGCUUUUCCCCUCGUGGUGGUCCAGGAUCAAGCAGAGGAGGUGUGCAACAGAGAGGCCGCGGCGGGGUACGUGGUGCGAGGGGUGACCGCGGUGGAAAUGUAGGAGGAAAGCGCAAAGCUGAUGGGUACAACCAGCCAGAUUCCAAGCGGCGCCAAACCAAUAAUCAGAACUGGGGCUCUCAACCCAUUGCUCAGCAACCGCUCCAAGGUGGUGAUCGUUCUGCAGGGAAAAGUGGUCGAGGCCGGUCCUGACCUGUCACUAUGAAGACUGACCUGCUAUGUGGGGUUAUACUGGAAGCUGCCAAUUGAAGUGAUGGUAAGGUCAACUCAAUGGUCCAAUGAUAUUCCAACUUUACAGGAGCAUAUCUGCCAGAUUAGAAGAUAAUCAAAAGGGCAAACUCAAGACACUUGUUGCUUGGACUUUUUAGACCGUUGCUGCAAAUAGGGUUUUCACACCUCUGAAAACCUCUCUCAAAGCUAAGGAUCGGGAUCAUAUUCUGCACAUAUUAUUUUACAUGCGCAUGUUCUUUUACGCACACUUUGUAGCUGCUGCUCACACUCCCCUCACGUUUCUCUUUUUACUCACCCUCUUUUGGGCCAUGCUGAUGUAGCCUAUGUCUUUCUCAUAUUUCUGAACAGCUGAAAUAACCCCAAAGUGAUUUGAUCUAACGUUCCCCAAAAUAUAUUAUGAAGGCUGUACAACCAUUGUCUGUUGUAACGGAUAUUGCAGUUGCACAAGCAGGACACAGUCCUUACACAUUCAUUCCAUUGGAGAAAAAACAGUCAGGUUUUUGUGUGAAGUAGGCUAAUGCUUUAUAGUCAUAUCGUAGCCACAGCCAGAGUUCCUGGGGGGAAAAAGAACACUACUACUUUGUCUGCCUGUCUGCCUCCUGCUUAGCCAAUGCUUGUAAUGAUGAGAAAAUAACAUUAAAUCGCUAACUAGA